AUGGCAGACCUCGGAGACAAGUCGGCCCACCCUGCCACGCUCGCCAAGACAGACACCGCCGUCAACUCCAGAAACAGCGAACUAGGCCAGGUCGACAAUGGAACAAGCGACAAGGACCAAAUUCACGAUGGCAAAGCAAAAGACAGUAAAGGGAAGAAGCCCGGGUCGCUCCACUUCUUCUUCCGCGUGCACUGGUCCUACUCUACAUCGCUGGAUCACGCCCUCCGGCUCAUCGGCCUAAUUGCUGCUAUUGCCUCCGGUAUUCUUCCUCCACUGAUGACAGUGGUGUUUGGCUCCUCUGUGAAUCAGUUCAAUGAUUAUGAAAAUGGCACUAUUUCGGGACAGGACCUCUACCGCAACAUGUCUAAGAACGCUCUUUGGCUGCUCUAUCUCUUCAUCGGCCGCUUCUUUCUCGUCUACAUGCACUCCACGUGCUUCGGUCUUGUGGGCAUUCGUGUGACUAGGGCGUUUCGCGUCGACUUCAUCCGGUCGAUGAUCCGACAGGAUGUUUCCUUCAUCGACUCCUGUGCGCCUGGCACCGUCGCGUCCACCAUCUCCAACAGCGCCGACAUGGUGGAAAACGGCAGCACCGAGAAGGUCGGCAGCCUAAUCCAGAACAUGUCCAUGUUCGUUGCUGCUUUUGUGGUAGCAUUCACGCGGCAGUGGAAGCUUACUCUCGUCACGGCUACUUCGCUGCCCAUUCUCUUCAUCGGCGCUAAUCAGAAUUCACCAUCAGACGCCAAGAUUGAGGCAAAGAUCCUAGAGAUAUAUAACCGCGCCGGUGGCCUGGUUGAGGAGGCUCUGGGUUCAACCCGCAUCGUGACGGCUUACAAUGCCAGUGCGAAGCUGAGCCGCAAGUACGACGACUACCUGGCAGGGGCGCAGAAGCUCGGCUUCCGCAAGGGUCCCGUCAUCGGCGUCCAGUGGAGUGUGGAGUUCUUUACGAUCUACUGUGCCUACUCCCUUGCCUGGUUCUAUGGUGUAAAGCUGCUCAACAGCGGCGAGAUCGGUGGCGGUGGGCAAAUCAUCUCAGUGCUGCUCGCGGUCCUUUUGGGUACAAACGCUGCCUCCAACGUGGCCCCAGGGUUCGGUGACUUUGCCAAGGCUUCAGCUGCCGCUCAGGGCAUGUUUGAGGUGGUUGAUCGCAAGUCCGAGAUUGAUCCCUUGGCCGACACCGGUGAGCGGCCUGACAAGUGUGAAGGCCUGGUCGAGCUACGCAACAUCAGCUUUGCCUAUCCGUCAAGGCCCUCUGUUCAAGUCUUGCGUGACGCCAGCCUAAUCUUUGAGGCUGGAAAGGUCACGGCAUUGGUGGGUGCGUCUGGUUCUGGAAAGAGUACGAUUGUUGGACUGGUCGAACGGUGGUUCAACCCGAAUAGCGGAUCUAUCCACUUGGACGGCCAUAACAUUGCUGACCUUGACCUUCGAUGGUUGCGUGGGAGGAUCGGCCUUGUUCAGCAAGAACCAGUCCUUUUCAGCGACACGAUCUACAACAAUGUAGUCCAUGGACUAUACGGAACUCCCAUGAACGAUCUCCCCGAGCCCGAGAAGAGAGAACUUGUCCGACAAGCGUGCAUCCAGGCGUUUGCGGACGAGUUUAUUCAGGAGCUGCCGCAAAAGUAUGACACCAAGGUUGGAGAACGCGGCGCUUUGUUGAGUGGAGGGCAAAAGCAGCGUGUUGCCAUUGCCCGGAGUGUCAUCUCCAACCCGCAGAUCCUCCUGCUCGACGAAGCUACAUCAGCCCUGGAUCCUACGGCAGAGAGAAAAGUACAAGCUUCCCUUGACAAUGUCUCCAAGCAGCGGACUACAAUCAUGAUUGCGCACAAACUUUCAACGGUCCAGAAGGCCGACAAGAUCGUUGUACUUAGUCGGGGCGAGGUUGUUGAGCAGGGUACCCAUCAGCAGCUGCUUGAUCUAAGAGGGGCGUACCACGAGCUUGUCAAUGCUCAGACACUCGAUACGGGUGAGGCGGCAGCUGCACAUGCGGGUAUGGAGACAUACGAGUCCUCGAAAGUUCCAUAUCGGGACGAUAGCUCAGUCGACAGUGCAGAAGACAAACCGGCGGUCUUGUCCAAAUCUGCAAGCAGGCAAUCUCGUCCUGCCGCAGAACCAGUCGAGAUUGAACAGGAAAUCAAGGACGAAGACGCAGAUGUUUCUCGCAAGCUUUCCAUCGCGGAGUGCCUCAAAUUUAUCAUCUGGAAGGAGCACUGGCACAUCUGGCCAAUCUGGCUCUUUGGCAUUCUAUCCUCGGCCGCUGGUGGUGGCCUAUUCCCCGCGCAGGCAGUCCUUUUCGGAUCCAGUCUCCCGACCUUGCAGCUUCUUCCCGGCAACUCCUUGGUAGAGCGCGGUAACUUUUGGGCACUGAUGUACUUCGUUUUCAGCCUAGGUGUCUUUGUGUGCUACCUUGGCGUCGGGUUCUUCUGGACUAUAGCAUCGUUCCACACCACGCGCUUCUACCGCCGGGGAUACUUCGACGCAAUGUUGCGGCAAGAUGUUUCUUUCUUUGACACCACGGGCCACGGUGCGUCCGAGAUGACUAGCCGACUCUCCCUGCAUCCUCAGCGGCUUCAAAACUUGCUGUCCACCAACCUCGCUCUUAUCAUCGUCAUAUUUGUUGACAUAGUCUCGUGUUUUGUUCUGGCAGUCGCCAUGGGAUGGCGCCUGGGUCUGGUUGUCAUUGCAGGCGGCAUGCCGACACUUUUCGGUGCCGGCUUCUUCCGCCUGCGACUCGAAAUGGCCAACGAGGACCGCCUGACCCAGACGUACCUGGAAAGCGCUCGUUUUGCAUCCGAGGCUGUCGGCGCCAUUCGUACCGUCUCUAGCUUGACAUUGGAAGACAAGGUUCUGAACGGCUUCAAGUCUCGUCUUGAUGAGUGUGCCAGCCGGGAACUACGUAGCAAGAUGAUUACGAUGGUUGUUCACGCAUUCGCUGAAAGUAUCAACAUGGCCGUGACGGGCCUGGCCUUCUGGUAUGGCGGAAAGCUGUUGUCUGAGGGUCAUUACGAUAUGCGAACAUUCUUCAUUGUCUUCAUGGCGGUGCUUAUGGGGUCGCAAUCGGGCGGCGUUCUGUUCGGCUUUUCGUCGAACGUUUCGAGAGCACAUUCGGCGGCAAAUCACAUCAUUGACUUGCGCCUAUCGCAGCCUCCCAUCAAUACCUCUUCCGGCGUUAAGGAAAUGCCGGAGAGCGAGAACAACCGGGCAGCCAUCGAAUUCCGCGACGUGACCUUUGCAUACCCCAGCCGGCCAAAUCGCUCUUCCGUUGGCAUCGUAGGCGCCUCGGGCUGCGGCAAAAGUACCAUUGUUGCCCUUCUAGAGCGAUUUUACGACAUCGACUCUGGACAGCUCCUCGUUGAGGGCACAACUAUCCGAGAUUUGGACGUACAAUUUCACCGCUCCCGCAUCGGCCUUGUGUCGCAGGAUACCGCGCUCUUCCAGGGCAGCAUCCGGGAUAACAUUCUCCUUGGUCUUCCAGACGAUGAAGCGGCGGCGCCCGACGCAGAUGAUCGCGUGGAGCGCGCGUGCCGCUCGGCCAACAUGCAUGAUUUUAUUAGCAGCUUGCCCGACGGAUACGCGACCGACGUCGGAAACCGCGGUGUCGCUCUCUCCGGGGGCCAGCGCCAACGUCUCGCAAUCGCUCGAGCGCUUAUCCGCGAGCCGGAGGUGUUGCUCUUUGAUGAAGCCACUAGCGCCCUAGACACCGCCAACGAGGUGCUGGUACAAGCUGCCAUCGAGGCGGUCGCGCGAGAGAAGCCUGGCCGGACCACUAUUGCCGUGGCUCAUCGCCUGUCGACUAUACAGCGCUGCGACCGAAUUUUUGUGCUGCACAGAGGCCAAGUUGCUGAGGACGGCACUCAUGAGGAACUUUUCCAAAGGCGGGGAAUGUACUAUGAGAUGGUCUUGGCUCAAUCGCUGGACAGAGAGGUUGUCGCGAUUGUCUAA